ACGGAACCUCGAAAUCUAUCUAUCCAAAACGAGAUAGUCCGGACUCCGGACGGACGCGGCGCUUGUCUUCGAGGAAGAAGAAGCAGAAAAAAACGCUGUGCUGCACUGCUGCGGCUGUCCGCCCCAGGGUGUCCGAUCGUCCACUCGAGACAAGCGAAAAGAAAGAAAUAAAAAAGAGAGAAAGAAAGAAAGGGAAAAAAAGAAUUCGCCAUGUCAGACGAGCGAGCAAACUGGGCCAUGGAGUCCUUCACGUUCGCGCAGCCAAUGAGGAUUUCUACUCUCCACGCGUAUGCCAGUGAUGAGCAAACCGUUAGCCCGAUGAGCUCGUUUCCGCCCAUCCCAAUCCCGUCGCGACGCGGAUCGGCUUCGAAUUCCAGCCCUAGCUCGUCGGACCAGGAACUACUGUCGUUCCUGCGUGAUGAUGGGCAACGCGGCAGCUGUAAGAGCUGCGGCCCUACCACCACCACGACGUCUUUCGAGGACGACGACCAAGAGGCUGUUGGACUUAUGACGACAGAACAGUGCAUCGUCUUGGAGCGUCACUUCUCCGAUUCUCGAAAACCCUCCACUAGUGAACGCCAGGCCUUGGCACAAGCCACUGGUCUCCCUGUUCACCACAUCGCUGUGAGUGUCUCCUCUUUGCUUAUUCCUACGCUCGUGCCCCUCCACCCCCCUCCCACCCCCCGUAUGUACCCAAUCCCCCUCUCCCUUAAACUCCUACGCUCUCCUCCCCUCCUCCGACUGCUUUCGUCUGUUCUUUGAUAUCGAUCUCUACAUAUACACCUCCAACCCCUACGUCUGCUCUCCCCCCGACAGCAACUUGGCGUACUCACCGUAUACCACCACACUCUCUCAACUGCAUCAUCGCCACCAUUCCUGGUCCUGUACCUGUACCUGGUCCCCUCGUACCUGGUCCCCCCGUACCUGGUCCUCUGCCUGUGCCUGUACCUGUACCCGGUCCUUUGCCU